ACCUGCAAGAUGUUGCUGAAAAUCAAUCAAUUCUCAUAAAGAAUAGUGUUACAUUUAACUUUACAGUAUGCUACAAAAUAAAAUUGAAUCAAAAAUGCAUACAACGGCAACAAUCGUCAUCUGCUUCUUAGCAGUUAUAUCCUAUCAAGCAUUGGACACCGCCUGCUAUAGACAGACCUACUACAACUCCACAAAUCUUUCUAACAGAGUUUUGGAGUAUAAUAGAAGCCAAGCUUACUACAACAUCUCUAGUUCCCAGCUGACUAGAGCUUUAAAGCUUGAUAGCAGUACCACGGAGCUUAGAAACAACAAACAGUUGUAUACGUAUAUCGGCCUGCGCGAAGGAAGGAUGCUUAGAUGCGAAAUGGGCGUUUUCUGCUGUGCGCGGUUCAACUCCCUAAACCAACCAAUCAGAGCCGUCGCUGUGGACAGAAACAAUCUGUACGCCGGCCUAGACAACGGCAUGAUGAUGAUGUGUCAGACCCAUGCUAAAGACUCGUGUUUCGUCCUAAACCGCGGAGGCGGAUCCAUCAAUGGUAUAGCCAUACAAGGCGAGUAUAUCUACGCGGGGUUGGACAACGGCAUCCUUUGGCGCUGCCGAAAGUACGAAGCCAACAGUUGCGAAGAUUUCACAAGGUUCCCUAACGAAUCGGUUGAGUCCCUGGCUAUGACAGAACAAUACAUCUUUGUCGGCCUCAGAUCUGGGGACAUGCUACGUUGCAAUGUUGACAUGCCGGCAUGUGUGGUGUUGAACUCUGCUAGACGUCGCAUCCUGUCAUUGGCUGCGUCUGGAGGCUACGUGUUUGCUGGACUUGAUAAUGGAAUAAUGUGGAGGUGUCGGAUAGAUAUUCGCGAUGGGUGUAUAGACUUCAACCGUGCCAAUACUCCUAUUAAUGCUAUGGCAAUUGUCGGACAGCAUAUAUACGCAGGUUUAGAGAACAGAGUUAUGUGGAAGUGUAAUGAGGGUUGGGCUGACUCGUGCUCUGAUAUGGAGAGAACAGAUCAUGUGAUUGAAUCAAUGGUUGCCUUUUACGCUUAAUAUUAAUUU